AUAGAAUCAGUAGAUCUAGCAUUAAAGUUAUUGGAUGGUUACAUAUUUCGUGAUAAAAAGAUCAGUGUGGAAAAGGCGAAAUUUACAAUGCGUGGAGAAAAAUAUGACCCAUCAUUAAAACCAAAAAAGAAAAAACGAAAAGAUAAAGAAAAGAUAAAAAAAAUUCAAGAAAAGUUAUUCGAUUGGAGGCCUGAUAAAAUUAUUGGUGGAAGAGGAAAACAUGAAAAUGUUGUGAUUGUCAAAAAUUUAUUUGAAAAAGAAACAUUUGACAACGAUGUAUCAUUACUUUUAGAAUACCAAAGAGAUCUAAGGGAAGAGUGUUCAAAAUGUGGUAUAGUGAAAAAAGUAGUUGUGUAUGAUAGACAUCCAGAGGGUGUUGCUCAAAUUAAUUUCAAGGAACCUGAUGCAGCUGAUGCUUGUGUGCUACUAUUAAAUAAUCGGUGGUUUGGACAAAGAAAGAUUACUGCUGAAACAUGGGAUGGGAAAACAAAAUACAAAGUCAUUGAAACACCUGAAGAAACUGAAGAACGCUUAAAGAAAUGGGAGACAUAUUUAAUAGCCACCGGUAGUACUGAAAAGAACGAUGCUCAUGAAUCUGAUAGUGACUCAGUAAAAACAAAAAGCGGUGGUGAAAGUGAUGAUGAAAUGUCAUCAAAUAAUCAAACUACAAAUAAUGAAAAUAAAGAUAAGUCAGAGUCAAAUUAGUCUUCUCCAGCAGGUAUAGCGUCUUCUAGCCGUUUGUUGAACUUUAUUCGCAAUUCAGUGGCCAAAUCGCCUUUAAGUUGAUCUUGCACAAACCAACAAGACACAUCCAUUUGGACCUAAACACAUAACAACUAAUUAUAAUACUUAUUGUAUUUUGUAUGUACAAAAACUAUUUGAACAUUAAUUAGUAUUGCCAAAAUAUAAAUUGUAUUUAUACUCAACACAAUAAAGCGCUAUAAAAUAAUAUUAAUAACAUAUUUUCAUACAGUUUAAUAAUAUAAAGAAAAAUUGUUUUGUAUAAUUAUAUAAUUCUGAUGUAGAAUAAUAUUUUGUGCUAAGUUCUAAAUAGCUUCUAAGUAGUAUUUUACUCAAUUGUGAAAUUAUUUUCAUGACAUUAGUCUUAUUAUUAAUUAUACAACUGUCACAAAUAAUGAGUAUAUUUAAAUACAUUUUAUUUUUUAUACUAUUAUAGUACAGUAACUCCCAGUUUAAUUUUUUGUCAUAAAAAUAAAAACAUUAAAAGUCAGCUACCAAGUAUCUAUCUAA